ACACGAGGGAGGAGCUAAAACUGUGGAACAAUGUGACAUUUCCGCAUGUCAAUAAAAUUGUUUCAUCUGUGAAAAAAGUGUUUACUGUUCAUGAGGAAACACACUCUAUUGCUUUCAUAAUUGCAUGUGCCAAAAGUCGCUGUGUUAGGAUUUCGGUCACAUGAUGCUAUGGCGGAACAGUCCCCAGCUGCCAGGUGCUGCUUCUUCUUCAUAAGGAAUCAAAUCUGUGUAAGGGAGACAUUCUGAGCUGAAAGCUGAGCACAGUGAAGACUUGAAACAUGCUGAAGUUAAAACCAAAGUUUGACCUGCACAGAGAUGUGGAGUGUGAUAUCCUGAGGAAGGAAGCGUCGGUCUGCAGGGUGAAAGAAUACUCUGGAGAAGUGGACACUCGCAUCCUGAACAUCGAGAGAGAUGGGGGCAUCCUUUACUCCUGGAAGGGAGCGACAGGGACUACAAGGAUCGGGAAACUUGACCCAAACACCAAACAGAACAAGCUCCUGUACACAUUUGACAAGCAGGUGUGUGUCAGCAGCUGCUCCCUGAACAAAGAGGAGACGCUGCUAGCUGUCAGCUUGGCACAAAACACCAGAGGAGAGGAGCGCCUCAAACCAAUAUCUAAGUGUCUUACUCUCCUGAUUGAGAUCCAUCCCAUCAACAAUACCAAAGUCCUCAAAGCUGUAGACUGCAGGGUCAAAGUGCAGUUCCUCAAUUCAGAAACUGACAGGAGAUCAGUGCUGGAGAGCCACCUGCUGCUGAUAACUGAGGAUGGAUAUGUGGAUCUCUAUCAUGUGCUGCUGACUAAACAGGAGGGUUAUAGAGUGGUGAUGGCGAAUCCUGAGCGUUUGACCAAAACAGCAGAGCGAAUUGUGGAGGACUUUCACUGGGUCCAGUGGGACGGACACACGCAAAGACUCUACCAUCUAACUCAUAAUGUGAAGUUCCUGAUGCGAUGUGUUCAGUUUUACCCCAACCACAACUGUGAAAUCAUGUUGGAGUUCCCGUUAGAGUUGCCUGCUAAUCCUUUCAGUACAGUCAAGUUUGUCAAUCUGGGUUUUGACCAUUAUCACAUGGAGAGACCGGAGCAGGAGCUUGUUAGGAUGGAGGUGUUCACAAACAGAAUAGAAAGUAGCAUGUGUGUGUGCUACAGCCAACUAAUAAAGGACAAACAUGAAGUGAUGUACACCGUGGUCUUACUCCACAAAGACUGCAGUAAGACCUUCAGGGAAUCUCUGGGCAGUGACCAGUCCUCACAGAAAGCCUCACAGCUUCAUCCGCUCUUCAUCCCUAUAGGUUACUACAUCCUGGUGUACCUGCAGGGUUAUUUCCUCCAUUGUAUCAACACCAGGCAGCAGGAGAUGCUCUGUCACUCCCUCUUUCUCUCAGGUCCUGAUGUAGACUUGGGUCUGCAGUGUCCGUCGGCUAACAUCACAGUGCUGCAUUCAGAGGAAGACUCUAAUGGUAAACUUUUGGAUCAGGCAACUGGGAGGAUCCACUCUGCUGAGCUCAGCUCUGCCUACCUGCUGCAGAUACUGCGAUCAGACACUCGGUCUAGGUGUCCCAGUGGCAAAACUGAACCUCAGCGUCUGGCUGCCCUCCACUGCCUGCUGGUUUACAUGGGAAACGACCCAAACCUGGAGCUGAAGGUUAUUGAGUGGCUGUGUGACAACGUGAACGCCUUCGAGUCCUUUGAUCAGAUCCAGGAGUUCAUUCUGGCCUCUUUGUACAGAAUAAGCUUUGAGAAGUCUCUCAGCCUGGAUAAAGUCCUGCCUUACUCAUCUGUGUUGGACAAGAAGAAGAUACCAGUGUGUCUAUCAGAGGUCCCUGGGGUGUCAUGCACCGCUGACUUACACGUCGAGUCUGUGUUCAAAGGGAAGGCAAGGAGUCUCCAGGGUUUCUGGUCAGAGCUGCAGUGGAACACAGAGAGGACAAAAUAUCUGGAUGCUGUUCCUAACCCCAGAUAUAGAACCGCAUACAUACAAGCUGACUGGGAUAAACUGAUGUCUGGGAGGAGACCGUCCAGCCUAACAGGUCACACGGAGGAGAACACAAAAAAAGUUCUAUCAAUGGUGGACACCUGGUGUCUGGAUAAGAAGCUCGUGCCACUUUUCCAAGAGGAGGACCGACAACAGAGGGCGCUCAUAGGCCUGACAGUUGACAAACUUCGAGAGCAUCUUAACAGACACCUGCCUCGGCUGGGGAAGAAGAAGAUUGACUCGCUUGUUGUCAACUAUGUCGCCAAACUGCUGGAGCUCAUCAGACACAUGCUGGAGUCAGUCUGGCUGAAGUGUAAACUGGGCCCGUGUGUUUUGUGCUUAUCCAGCACGCAGCAGGGCAGUCCGGCCGAAUGGUCUGUGUUUCACUUCAUGUCUCGGAUCCUGGAAGCCACGAGGGGUCUUUGCCUACCCCUCCCACCUGGCUAUCACACCUUGUUGUCAGUGUUUGCUGUGCGGGUUCUUCCUCAUCACACCUUCCUACAGUACAUUGACCACGGUGUCCUGCAGCUCACUGAAACCUUUGUGUCUCGAAUCAUGACAGAUUUGGACAACAGUGAUGCCAACGAGAGACUGAAGUUCAGCAUCCUUAAAAGACUCCCUGAGCCUAUGGAGCAAAGGAUCUACCAUAUGUGGGACCAUCCUGUCAGUUCAGCUUCAAUCUCCAGAGAUUAUGUCAGGACUAUGCUGGAGAAGCACAACAAAAACAAGGGAUUUGCAUUCACCGGCAGAGACAAGCCAGGCUUCAGACCCGAGUUUCUGCCUCUUACCUACCUAGCAAAGAUCCUCUCUGAUAUAGAAGAACAAGCUGUGAACCCUUUUGAGGAGCAGGAAAACGUGGAUGCCAGGUUCGUGGAGGAGACGGCUCUGAAGCAGACACUAAUACUGCUUGGCUUUGAGGAAAAGUGAAAGAUGCGGAGGGGGGAGCAGAGGGGGGGAAGCGGGCAGGAGCAGUGGUGGAUGGAUGGAUUGAGGGGGAAACAGAUGAGGGGGAAAAUGUGUUUCAGAGUACAGUCAUCAUCGACUGACUGAGCCUUGAGGACAAGUAACGGAUGGGUGCAUGAUGGAGGGCGAGAAGUGAGAGAUGCGUGGAGAGAUUGAGAGGCAGAGUGCUUAUAAACAAGCUCUCACUGGCUGAUGACAAAUUAGGGUGGGGCGCAGGGAGAGAUGGAUGGAGACGCCCCUGAAAGGAAGGGAGGGAGGAUGAGAAGCUGUUUUUCUACAUUAACUUUAAACACGGACAACAUUUGGACGCAAGAACAGAAGAACCUUAUUUUACACAACAAAAUAUAAACAGAACCAAAACUAUUAAAACUUCAUUUUAAUUAAAUGUGGGGGAACAUACUUCUCAAAUAUUGUGGAAAAUCUGUGUCUGCAGGCAGCGACUCCUACAAACUCAUAAUUCUGGUGCUGCAACAAUUCCCUCCUGUUCCUCCGCAACUUUCCUCUCAGACAAUUUAUGAACAUGAAAGUCAAAAACUGCAAACAGUCUGUAUAAAUCACACACACUUGUUUAUCCUCCUGAUGCGGCUGCACCCCAUCAACUUGAUUACAUGCUGACAAAAGCUUCACACACACACACACACACACACACACACACACACACACACACACACACACACACACACACACACACACACACACACACAGCAGUUUGAUUUGGACACACACUGGCUGCUGUGCAUUAAAUCUGAUUUCAACACUGAGUUAUACAGAAUCAUUCCAGCUCUAUAACUCAUGGCAUUUCUAGGAUUUAGAAUUACAACUCCAAAGACUUAUAUAAUGAGAUAAUGUAUGAUUUUUUUUUCAAAAGCAAAUUGUUAAAUUUAUCUUCAGCCUUUGAGACUACUGAGUUUUGGAAAUGUAAUAUCAGGAACAUGACUUAAACGUUGAUGAAACUCACUGUUCAUUGCAGGCUUUUGUCUGCAAAAUAAGAACCAGACAUCAUUUAUAUGUUCAUACUAGUGCUGGUUAGAUAUCUGUAUUAUUGUACAAAUUAAACAGAAAGCUCCACCACAGUUUUCAAAUGCUAGCUGAUGAUGAUCUCAACAAACGUGACUGCACAAGAACUUUCACCAACUAAAGCAGUCCCAAACUGGCGAAAUUAUUAUCUUCAGUGACACCAUCUCAAGAUUUUAAGACAAGAAAAACAUUAUUUGACAAAAGCUUAUUUUAUGAACAUGUAUUUGUCCUGUUUCCAUAUUCUAUCUGCUAAAAGUUUUGCUCCAACUGGCCAGUGGCAAUAGGAUCUUCACAAGAUCUGUGACUUUUGAUGGCUAAGAUAAGCCAAUGGUAAUGCUUUAGGGCUUGUGUCCAUUAAGGGCUUUUUUUUUUAACUGGCAGUACCUUACCAUUAGGCCAAGCCUGCGCCCUUUUUUAAAAAAUGGGUAGUACAUAUUUUCUAAACAAAACCUACAUAGUUGUGUUUUUAGCGCUUAGCAUCCCAAGCUCUACCCACGUCAUCAGCUGUUAUUUGUUGCUGCACUCACAGCGCUCUCAGUUGACAAUAGGCAAACUUUUGGAACACUGCCAUGCUCAUCAAUGCUACUCCAUCUACGACCAAUCAACAUCAUGAGGGGGCGAGAUUUCCAAUAUCAGCUUUGUCAAUAAUAAUGUUGGAGGCCUGUACUGAGGAGACACUAACCACACUUGUUUAAUUUGAGGGUACCAUUUCCAGAUCUAGAGCUGCUGCUAAUGCUACACCAAUUACAUCAAUUGUUUUCUCAUUCUUGUUGUACGAUACCGAUCAAUAAAAGACAAAACGAAGCAAGUGGAGCAUUUUAAAACAGACCUAGUGAUCACCUAACCUAGCAACAGUUGGUGCUUGCUAGGAUCUCUGUGAAAUUGAGAUUAGGGGUGCUGCCAGCACAAAAUAUGCUGUUAGUGGAAACAGGCCCUUAUACUCAGUGCUACAUUACGUACCAUGGAGAAAUAAAAAUACUCAAUUUUACACAUAUGUUGACACAAAAGUGGAAAACAGCAGACUAAUGACUUUAUAGGAACUUUAUUCAUGUUGCAGAAAUCAAAAUCAGCCAAUAAGAUGCUUUGAAAACACUAAACAAAGUGAGACAGUAAAGGGUUAAAGAUAAGGUGAUAUACAAACUGAAUACAUAAGACAAAAAUAAUAGACUCAGCCUGCCUGCUCAGAUACUGGAACACCUGGUUUGAAUAAUGUAUCAGUGUGCCUUCAAUUAUGAGUGAAGUCUUACCGUAAGUGAAGGAAAUUCUUUGGUAGUAGUGAUGAUGUAAGCGUGGGUAGUGUAUUUCUCUUUAGACAAUGUCUGAAUGUUGACACUCGGCGAGAUUAUUUACGUGCCUCAUGUUUAAACUUUUAAAAACAGAAAAAAAGGGAUUUCAUAAUCAGUGAUGUUUACACUAAGACAGUUUUGUAUGAUGGAUUGUAAAUAAAGAGAUUUUUGCUA